AUGGAUAAUCCAUCGAUGGGUAAUCCAUUUAUUGAAGAAGGGGUGCAGGAUUACCCGAUAAUAAUUAAUGAUAUUCCAGAUGAAUUAUCCUUCGAGGAUGAGGACUCUAUCGACGAUCUUAAAAUAAGAGAGAUCAAUGUUUCUCGAUUAUUCCGUCAAUAUCAAAAUCAAUCUAUCAAGAUCGCAAAAACCGGGGGUCUUUUUGUUGAAUCCAACGUUCACGAGAUAUUGUCAUUAUCUUCGAUUUUACUUCUUAAUCCUGGCUCUCAUUCGAAAACGAUGAUCGACAUAUUCAGUACUUCUUUGCUUGAUGAUAUCUACCAACAAGCAAAUCCUCCUCAGCAAAUAGAAUUAAAUACGGAAUGUGAAUCGAAGUUGAGGAAAGUGAUCAAAAAGGCAAUAAAAGAAUCGCGUAGCAGGGCUACAGAAUUUCUGUUAAGGGAACUUACAAAUGAUCAAAUGUUGAAUGAGAAUUUGGGUUCCAUGUUCUUGGAAUGCCUUAAGAAAUUGCCAACCACAAAGAUUAAAAAUGAGCCGAGCGAAACGACUCUGAUUACAAAUUACCCCUCGACCACAUUAUGA